AUGCCUUGCCAUCCUACUGAACCCGAGUUCGAGGUCCGUGACAUUCCCAGUCUUCGUGGCUACGUCGCAAUUGUCACUGGUGAGACUGACUAUUCAGGAAACUCUGGAAUCGGCUAUGAAACCACUCUCCAACUCGCCCUCAAGGGUGCCAGAGUCUACAUCGCCAGUCGCUCAAACGACCGCGUCAACAAGGCCAUCGCAGAGAUGCACAAGAAUAGCCCCGAUCUAGAUCUCCACUUCCUCAAGCUAGAUCUUCAAGACAUGCAAAGUAUCAAGGAUACCACUGCCGACUUUAUGAGCAGAGAAAACCGCCUUGACAUACUCAUCAACAACGCUGGUAUUAUGUCUAGUCCCUGGGAGUUGACCAAGGAUGGACACGAGAUUCAGUGGCAGACUUGCUUCCUUUCGCACCACGCCCUCACUAUGUCGUUGAUGCCUCUUCUCGUAACAGCCGCUCAAGUCAGUGGACGAAUGGACCGCGUGAGAAUCAUCAACGUCGCUAGCGACAUGGCUCUCAGAAUGGGACCCGAAGCCAUUCACUACGAUGAUCCCAACCUCACUAAUGAGACCGGAAAGCUGGCUCCAUGGAGGAGAUACGGUCAUUGCAAGGAAGCCAGCAUCAUCGCUGCCAAAGCCAUUACAGAUCGCUACCAAUCUCUCGGUGUCACAGCAUACUCUCUCCACCCCGGCCUCGUCAAGUCCAACCUUCAGUCCCAUAACCCUACUAUGCUGGGCGCCAUGUCCCGCAUGAUGUUCAAGGUCGGACCGUCCUCCACCCCUCUUGAGGGAGCCAUGAACUCGCUCUUCUGCGCCACUAGCCACAAGGUCUACGAGCACGCCGGAAGAUACUACGUCCCAGUACAGAAGCUUGACGACAGGGCAAACAAGUGGCUUGAUGAUGCUCAGGCUGUCAACAAGCUGUGGGACCUAGCUACAAGACAGUGCAGGGAGCACGGAUUCAUCAUCGACGAUAUUCCAGGAUACUAUAAUUAG